AAGUUUCAAUCACCAACAAGAGAACCCCCAAGAGGAGAUAACGGGACCGGGAAAUACACCGAAAAAUGCCUUCUUCGUUAAACAAACCCCCUACUGCACCUACCGUACCUCCACCCCUCCUCUGCCCCUCACCGCCACAACUUUCCAGUAUAUCCUUCCAACAGCCCGUCCGAAGAAUCCUCACACCAGCUGAUCUUGCUCUCUUCCAAUCCUCACAAACUCACAUCCUCAUAACAUCCUUCAUAGGGGACCUCAACAACAGCGUUCUCAACCUCCCACUCUCUCAUCCAGCCCCUCGGCCAGCCGUCGUCGAUAAACUGCUGAGUGUCCUCGAUGCGGUAGAUGCCAUCGUCGACCACCAUCCGGCAGAAGAUGCUGGCGGGAGCCGGUUCGGGAACGCCGCAUUUCGGGGGUUCUACGAUGAAGUUGGGAAGAGGUUUGAGGACUUGCAUGAGGGGAUUUUGGAAGGACUGGAAGGAGAGGCUGUAAAAAAGGGGGCAAUGAAGGAGAUCAGAGCUUAUUUUACCGAAGCUUUUGGAAACAGGACUAGGAUUGAUUACGGAUCGGGGCAUGAGCUUAACUACCUGGUUUACUUGUCUGCCCCCCCCCCCCCUCCCUGCCCCCCUCCUAGAGAAGCUAACUAUCACCAGACUUUGCCUCCACCAACUCGCUCUCCUAGAACCCCCCACCUACGCCCCCUUAGUUCUCCACCUCUUCACUCGCUACCUAACCCUCAUGCGUAAGAUCCAGACAACAUACUACCUCGAGCCAGCCGGCAGCCACGGGGUUUGGGGCCUGGAUGACUAUCAAUUCCUCCCCUUCCUAUUCGGCAGCAGUCAGCUUUACUCGCACCCAUACCUCCGCCCAAAAUGCAUCCAUGACGAUGAGAUCCUUGAGCAAUUCUCCAAAGAUUACAUCUACCUCUCAUGUAUCUCCUUCAUCAACAGCAUAAAAGUCACCGCCGGUUUACGCUGGCAUAGUCCCAUGCUGGACGACAUUUCCAACGCGAGGAAUUGGGCCAAGAUCAACAGUGGGAUGAUAACCAUGUAUGAGAAGGAGGUGCUGGGGAAGUUGCCCAUUAUGCAGCAUUUCUUGUUUGGCGGGUUGGUGAGUGCUGCUGAGGGGAUGGGGGAGGAUGAUGGGGAGGAGGAGGAGGAGGAGGGAGAAGGGGCGAGGGAGUUGGUCGAUAGGGAGGGGAUGACCCAUGUGCAUAGUACCUGGGGAGAAUGUUGCGGGAUUAAGGUGCCUGCAGCGAUUGGUGCUAGGAGAGCUGGGGAGCAGGCCAGCUUGAGAAAGGUUCCGAGGAUUCCGUUUGAC